AUGCAUGUUUAUAUAUCUCUCUUUUCUUUCUUUCUUUCUCCCUCGACUCUCUCUCUCUCUUUCUCUCUCUCCCUCUUUAGAUAUGAGAAUCGAUUUUUAGUUUCAGUCCGAAUUUUUUUGUUUUAUUUCAUCACAUUCCGCCUCCUCCUCCUCCUCCUCCUCCUCCUUCUUCUUCUUCUUCUUCUUCUUCUUCUUCUUCUUCUUCUUCUUCUUCUUCUUAAUCACUUUCCGCCUCAUGCUUUUUUUUCCUUCUGUUUUAUUUUCCGUCCUUUCCCCUAUUUUUUUCCUUGUUUUCUUUUCAAAUACCAUCCGACUGAAACCACUGGCGAAAUACCAAAUGCGCCCAGUUUUUUCGUUUUUCUUACAGUCACAUUUACUUUUUUCACAUCCUUCUGUUUCGUUAACGUCGUUCACAUCCUUCUGUUUAAUUUAUUUUCGUACGCAUCCUUCUUUUUUGUUAUCCUCGUUAAGAUCAUUCUCUUUCUUUAUCUUUGUCUAAAAAAUUCUGAUUUGUUAUCCUCCUUCGCAUCCUUCUGUUUCGUUUAUCUACGUUCAACUCCUUCUGUUUCUUUACCCCCGUUCACUAAAUUCUGUUUUAUUAUCCUUCUGUUUCGCUAUCCUCGCUUUUCAUCAUUUUCUUUCGCUAUCCACACUCACUACUGUUUCAUUUAUCUUCGUUCUCGUCCUUCCAUUUCGUUAUCCUCGUUCAAAUCAUUAUGUUUCGUUAUGUUCGUUCUCAUCCUUGUUUCGUUAUCCUCGUUUAUCCUCAUUCGCAUCCUUCUGUUUCCUUUAUCUUCGUUCACAUUCUUCUGUUCCAUUACACCCGUUCACUUAAUUCUAUUUCAUUAUCCUCGUUCACAUCCGUCUGUUUCAUUUUUCUUCGUUCACAUACUUCUGUUUAGUUAUCCUUCUGUUUCGCUAUCCUCGUUAACAUCAUUUUCUUUCGUUAUCAUCGUUCACACUCUUCUGGUUCAUUUAUCUUCAUUCUCAUCUUUCUGUUUCCUUAUCUUCGUUCUCAUCCUUGUUUCGUUAUCCUCGUUCAAAUCCUUCUGUUUCGUUAUCCUUGUUUAUUAUUUCCUUGUACCUUUUAACUUUCGUUCCUUCCUGUUAUAUCUUUUCAUUUAA